GGUUUUGUUUUGGGUUUUUUUGUUGUUGUUGUUGUUGUUUUUUUUUUUAAAUGAGGAUGUAAGGAGGAAAGCACUUUGUUCAUCAAACUAUGUUUAGAUGGUAGGGUUUUUUUCUUCUUUCUUUUAACUUUUCCAUUUUUGGUGUAGCUUGUCAAACAACCUGCAUAAUCUGAAGUUGUUCCGGAUUGCUUUCUGAAAAAUAGGCAGGGUAAAAAUCCAAGACUCUCUUGUUUUAAUUUACGAUCAUCUAAAAACCUCCUUUGAUCUGAAUCUGAAGAGCUCAUACUAAACACUGAAAAAUAUCCUAAGGAAAUUACAUUGGCAAUCAGCAGCUGGACGUGGGAGAGGGGAAUAGUUGGAAGGACUUCAGCUGAAGUUAAUUCCAAUUAAAGAGAAUGUCCUUUUAAUAUUCCAUUUUUAUAAAGAAUCAUUUGGAUCAACUUUGAUUAAGAGUAAAACUAGACUGUGACAGAGCACUGGCCAGCUUACCUGCUCUUAUGGCCCGUUGCAGGAUGUCCUUGCUGUUUCUGGCUCUGUCUUGUAGCUAUGUGUGAAGACUUGAACUGGUGAUUUCAGCACAGUUACUGGAGCUGAGCAGCUCCAGGGAAGUGAUGCUGAUGGCCCUGCAGCAUCUGAAAGCAAAGAUGGAUAAGAUCCUGGAAGCUGUGGUGAUGUCUUCAUACCCCAACAAUGUGAAGCAAGGACUUGUGAGACGGGUCAUUGAGGCAGCGAAGCAGCCCAUGGAUAGUGAGCAGUGCUGGUCCAUGCUGGAGCUCUCCACCAAGCUUUACCUCACAGGUGAUACCAAGUACAAGAGGGAGAUCGGAAAAGAGGUGUUGGAAGUUUAUGGCCACUACCAUCCGGAGGAGUUUGAAGAGUUCUUCAAUGUCCGUUUCCUCUUGAGCCUCCUUCAGGAGGGCUAUGGGCCUCUGGGGAAAAGGAGCCAUUAUGUGCUGGAUUACAUCCACCUUGGGCUGCAGUUCAUCUUGGACAGCCCGUCGGCUAAUGAUAUUUUCAGCCUUUUGAAGAUUGAAGUGCUCCGGAAAGUCUGCGAGAGGCCCGGACCCAAGCAGUGCGCCAAGAUCGGUAAACUCCUCAUGCAGCAUCCUCAGUGUAUCCCCACCGGCAAGCACCAGGUCUUGUUCUGCCAGCAGCUAAUACGGUGCAUCGGGCAGUUCCAGUGCAUCUCGGAGGGUGAGGAGGAGAUCAUGGAGUUUCUAGACCACGUGAACAAAGUGAGCGGACUGCUGCAGAAAAUCUGGCGAGCUCAGACGUCCGCCAUCCUCCCAUCCCUGAAAGAGCUCUUCACGAUCAUUUCUUCAACAGAGGAGCAGGAAGCUCCAUCCAAUGCCUUGGCCAGUGUGGUCCAGUAUGUUCCUCUGGAGCUCAUGGAUGGCGUCAUCAGAAAUCUAACCAAUGAUGACAGCAUAACCGAUGCACAGAUGAUGACGGCGAUUAGUAGGAUGAUCGAUUGGGUCUCUUGGCCUCUAGGGAAGAACAUAGACAAGUGGAUCAUUGCUCUGUUGAAGGGUUUGGCUGCAGUGAAGAAGUUCAGCAUCUUGAUCGAAGUGACUCUUUCCAAAAUUGAAAAGGUCUUCUCCAAGCUGCUGUACCCCAUCGUGAGGGAGGGGGCCCUGUCUGUCCUGCAGUACAUGCUGCUGAGUUUCCAGCACUCGCACGAAGCUUUCCACUUGCUGCUUCCUCACGUCCCCCGGCUGGUGGCAUCUCUGAAGAAGGAAGAUUCCAACUCUGCAACGAGCUGCCUGGAGCAGCUGGCCGAGCUGAUCCAUUGCAUGUUCUUCCGGUUUUCGGGAUUUCCAGAUCUCUAUGAACCAGUCCUGGAGGCAGUCAAAGCUCUCCCGAUUCCCAAUGAGGACCGAAUUAAACAUUUACUGGGGCAGAAUGCUUGGACCUCCCAGAAGAAUGAACUGGCCUGUUUCUAUCCACGCCUAGCUUCCAAGUCAGAAACGGGAAAGAUUGGCUUAAUUAACCUGGGGAACACCUGCUACAUGAACAGCAUCAUCCAGUCUCUUUUCAUGGCCUCAGACUUUAGACAUUCAGUGCUGAAUUUAACGGAAAGCAAUGCACAGCCCCUGAUGACAAAGCUCCAGUGGCUCUUUGCAUUUCUGGAGCACAGUCAGCGACCUGCCAUCUCACCUGAAAGUUUCCUCUCGGCAUCCUGGCCUCCGUGGUUCAGCCCUGGUGCUCAGCAGGACUGCUCCGAAUACCUGAAGUAUCUGCUGGACCGACUGCAUGAAGAAGAGAAAACUGGGAAAAGAAUUUACCAAAAGCUCAAAGAGUCUAACUUGAUGUCUCAGGCCAAGGAGAAUCACUACUUAAACAAGACCUUAGUUGAGAAAAUGUUUGGGGGUAAAAUGACCACCAAAAUUCGCUGUCUGAAGUGUUUGAAUGUCUCCUCCCGAGAAGAAGCCUUCACAGACUUGUCCUUGGCUUUCCCGCCAAUUGAAAGGCACGGACAUAGGCCAAACCACACCACUAUUUUGCCAGUGGAAGAAAUCGGUCCCCAGAUUAUAGAGCCACCUGUAAAACCCCAGAGCCAGAUAAUAGACUCUCCUGGGAGACAGAGGAAGCGUCAUGUGUCUGGAGAGCAACCCACGCAGCUAGUGCAGGUGGAAACACUGGGCUUCCAGGAAGCAGGGGAGCAAGAGGCUCCUAUUGACUUGAGACAUGAUCUUGCUGGUAGGGAGAUGGGGAAAGAUCCACUCUUGGCUUUUGGAGAGCAGACAUGUAGUUCCAAGGACUCCAGAUCUGUCCCGGACUUGAUCAACUAUUUCUUAUCUCCAGAGAUGCUGACAGCAGAGAAUAAAUACCAUUGUGACAAGUGUGCUUCCUUACAAGAUGCAGAGAAAGUGGCUGAGUUGACAGAAGGGCCUCACUACCUUAUUCUCACCCUGCUGAGGUUCUCUUUCGACCUGAGGACCAUGAAGAGGAAGAAGAUCUUGGAUAACGUCUCGAUACCACUGGUGCUGAAGCUACCUGUUCUGGUUGCGUCAGAGGAACCGGAUGAUGUUUGCCCUCCCAGGCAGGAGAGGGCUGCAUCAGGCACUGGCUUUGUGUCUGUGGUGUAUGACCUCUGCAGUGUGGUGGUUCAUUCUGGUGUCUCCUCUGAGAGUGGCCACUACUACUGCUACUCCCGGGAGGGUACUGAUACAGGUGCCAGGGCACAGCCACGGGAUGGGGCUCAGAAAGCCACCUCUGAAAAGCAGCUGGACUUUGAAAUCCAGUGGUACCUCUUUAAUGACACCAGAGUCUCCUUCUCCUCCUUUGAAUCUGUUAGCAAUGUGACCUCUUUCUUCCCCAAAGACACUGCCUAUGUGCUUUUCUACCAGCAGAGGCCAGGCAAGCAGAGCUGCACGGUGUGCGAGGAGGCUUCGGAUGCUGUCCAGCUGCACGGGGAACCCUCGCUCAAUAAAGACUUGAUGGAAGCCAUUUCCAAAGACAACAUCCUGUAUUUGCAGGAGCAAGAAAAGGAAGCAAGAAACAGAGCUGCCUACAUCUCAGCCUUGCCCAAGUCACCCCUGUGGUGGAGAGACUUUGACAGGGACAAGGAUGAUGAAGGCUCCUCAGGGGGCUGCGGCUCCGCUGCUGGAGGUGGAGGCUCGUUUCAUGGCCUCGUCUUCUAGGAACACCAUUUGCAACAGACACUGACUAUAAGCAACAAGGUCUGCUUCAGCCUUUGUUUCUAAGCAAGCAGCUGAGCCCACAGAAGCCGGUCUCCUCUGCUGUACAUCCUCACUGCAGGCGGUGUAACCAUGGAGAGGGAUCUGGCCCUGAAUCCUUGCACCUAGGAGGAAGGAUUCGCUGCUAAUUCAGGGAAUGCAUUGCUGCCAGGAACUGGUGUGAGGAGAGCCCCAUUGCUUUCUAUGCACUUAUCCUAAACGCCUUAACAGAAUACUAUUUACUAAGCUCCGUGGUGACAAGACUUUGGCUGAUGACUUGAAGUAUCAUUUUGUCCAACUGGUCACUUCCUCUUGCUUGCUGUGGGAACCAUCAAUCAGGACCUGGAUGAGGAGGGGCUCAGAGGAUCAAGAUGCCUUUGGAAGAGACUAAGCCGGGACCUGGGUGUGGAGGUCUACAAUGCUUACACACUCCUUCCUCUGAAGGAGGCCCAAGAUCUUCCAGAACCAGCUAUGAAUUUUGGGGCAGGUUGUUUUGGAGGACCUAAUUAACUCACCUCAUCCACCCUCUCCUUCUUUUGGACUCUCCAUAGGGCAUCAUCAGUAGGGGAUCUCCAAAUCAAGGCACCUCAAAUCAGUAGUCCCUUCUGCAAUACAUGGCCUUGAAAAGACUGCAGGCUGCACCAUCUCCAGAGCUCCAUCUUAUAUCCUAGCAGUUAGGCAACUUGAACAUAGGAUAUCAGUACAAUGUACCAUGUAUGUGUGUGAUCACAGCUUCCUCAGCCUGUGGUCACUAAGAAUGAUUGCAGCCUGCUGCUUAUACCCAGUUGCUGGGAUGACUCCUCUGUCUCUAAUGGUUGGGGCUUCUGCCUUUCAAGAAAAAGGGUCCUGCCUUCUUCCUCUUGAUGGCUGUGGCGCAUACGGAUAUUGUGAAUCCACAGAAUGGAAAGCAAAGCACGGGACUGAAGUCGAAUGAUGACGGAGGGUAAAUUCUGGAACAAGUUAGCCACUAUCGCACACUAUACUGCUGUUCUUCAUUGUGUUCAUAGCGAUAAAGGAAAGGAAAUCGUUCCUCAUGAAGGACUGCUGCAUGCUUAGCAUUUCCUACAGGUACCAGAGCCUGAUUAUGAUUCCCACGUACUCUGGUGCUUCAGAGGAGAUGCUGCUGUGCCCCUACUGCUAUUAAUCACCUGAUGCCUUGUAAAUAUUCCCAAUCGUGCUGCUUUGCUGUUUUAUCAUGCGACUGCUCCUCAUUCUGUCGAAAGAGGUUUUGAGGCUGAGGGAGUUUUGCCUUUGUACAAAAUGCAGGCUUGAGCCACUGUGUUGAGCUCUUGACUUGUGAAUAAAAUCUUCCCAAAGGCUUCAUGCAGUCUGGGCAAACAUGGCAUCUCCCCUGCAACUCCCACUAGGGGCUAGGAUGGGCAUAUAUUGCAGCGUCCGGUUUUUGGGUGCCCGGCUGCAUAGUGGAAUUCAUAGCCAUGUGCUGGAUGCUGAGGUGUUCCCUACCAUACACAGGGAAAGUUAGAUGCCCAUGACUGGAGAUGCACAGAAGCCAGCACUUCUGAAGGCUUAAGCUGCUCUGAAGGCUCCCGGCUCAUCAAGGUGCUUUGGAAAAUGUUGCUUUUUGUGUAUAGCGCUUUUCCCUUUUGUAACAGUGAGAGCUUGUUGUGGAGAACUGUAGGUAUCUCAAAGCCACUCCUUACAGGAGAAAGGGGCCCUGAGGCUUGUCUUAUAGCUGCAUCCAAGCCUCACCAGGGGCUGAUGACCUUUAGAAGCCAUGGGCCAGAACAGCCUGGCCCCCGUCCAGCGUAGGCUGGGCAGCUUUGGCAGCAUGUCAGCAGCGUGGGAUGGGGGUGUGGAGGGUAUUUGCUUGUGCUCGUGCUGGGGCUCAGUUGCUCACCAGCUGGAAGCUGCGCCCUCGCUGCAGCUGGGGAGCAGGGAGUAGCAGUGGCAAUGCAGGUGCAGCUUCCAGUCCCACACAGGCAGAGGCAAAUCUUUCCAGCUCUGCGGGCCACAUCCAGGGGCUUAACAGGCCAGAUCUGACCCAUGGGCUGAUCCUCAAAUUAAAGCAUUCUCUGGGUGCAGAUGCUUUCCCCCUCCAGGGUGGUGGUGUUGAACUCUGCUUGCCUGGUUGUUUAGAUCUUGGGCUUUGAUUCCUCUCAGAUUUAAAAGAAAAGUGGGGUCCCUUGGCAAUGGUGCUGGCUUUACUCUAUUUUCUAUGCCCCCACCCUUGCUAUAGCUACCUGCACAAACUGGGUAUGAAGUGAUGUUUGGUUUGGACAUUACCAUUUCAUGCCUAGUUUGCAUAGGUUCAAGUGUCUGCUCCAGAGACCUCAAUCUGUUCUCAUCAGAGAUGUGCCAGUGAUGACAAUGGUACACCAGAGGCUUGGUUGCAAUUGCUAUGGCUCUAAUGUGGGUAAGGAGAGUCUGGCUGCAUUCCCUUGGGAGCACUGGGUAGAGAGGUUGCAUUUCUGCCCACUGAAACAUGACUCCCAGAGCUACAAGGUAGGCUAUAGGGAUGUUAUUUUUUCUGGGGGAGGAAGCAUGAGUCAGGGUUACUGGGAUGCUUGGAGGAUGGAGCAAUGGCCCAUCCUUUCCUAGGCCUUCAAGCCUUGAUAACUUAAUGUAGAACAAGCUGAUGAUGCACCUACUCAGUGUCCCUAGCAAGUGCUGCCCUUCUGGUGACACUUUACCAGCCUGCCCUGGCCUGUUGAUGUACUACGCCUGGACAGCACUGAGUCCUGGAUAAUGGCUGUGAUCCUGAGACAGUGCAGGGCACGUGCUUGAUAAAUUAGCAACACGGUCUGGGCAAGGGCAGGUAAGACUCAUGACUCAAGGCAACUGGCUGUUUUAGGAUCAUGGAUGUGUCUCAUCUUUUGCAAGGCCAGGGCAGGGGGAGAACAAUCAUUAUUAAACCCUGACUCAGUUCUGCAAUAAAGAGUAGAGCCAGCCAAGCAUUUAUUUCCCCAUAUUUAAAGCAAUUUAAAAUAAAACAAGAGGAAGAGUGGACUUGAUACCUGCUGUCCCUAUACUUCUGCCACAAACCAAAUGUGUCUUUUCUAAUGGACCAUUAUUGACAGUGGGCUGUUGUGUUUGUUUCAAGCACCUGUGCAGACGGCCACAUCCAAUUAGUGAUGUUAAUUAUUUCCCCUGCACUUUACAAAAUUAUUGAUAGAAGCACGGAGGUGCAAAGCGUCCACACUCCGGGACUGUCUUCCCCUGCUCUGACCCAGAUGAUAGAAAUAAAGGACCUGCAAAAU